AUGAAUUACGCAAUGGCAAGUUUGAAAAGUGUGGUGAAUAUGAUGUAACUGUGAUGCCGGAUGAAUGCGUUUGCUACAAUCUUGUUUUGCAUGAUUCCAAGCUGCUUUCCGCUGUUGUUGCUACAUCCUCCUGUGCUUUAUACAGUUUUGCACUGAAGGGUCUUGCGAAGAGGGUGGUACAUACAUCAGUUGUGCAGCUUAACAAAUUUUUCAGCGUUUGCCUGUUUUCUUCGAAGGAUUUGUUCGUUUGGCACAGCCGCACUGUGAAUGGUUUUGUACUGCAGCAGAUUGACGGAAGCUGGAUUUUUUUGACUCGAGAAGCGGACAGCGACAUUUUCACUAAGACAGUAAUGCUAUCAGCGAGAGAUCUUUUACAUCACUGCCACUUUCUACCGUGCAAAAACAGCUGUUUUGGCAUCAAUAAAAGGAACGAUCUGGUUGUGAACGGUUGUCCGGUGAUUCGACAUGUUGGAUCAUAUUCAGUCGAUAAAAAACAUCUUCUUACCGUGACGUUUGCACCUCAGACAGCUUCCUCGAAGUUACAGAUUUUCGAGCUGGAAGAUAUUCUUAAGCCUGUGACGAAAGAGUUUGAUUCGAAAAGAAGUCGGGCUGUUGAGAGAGGCGCACUGUUGAUUGGUCAUGAAACUGGCGGCUGUCGAAUUUGGAUGCAAAUGCCGAGGGGAAAUUUGGAAACGAUUUAUCUCAGGCAGUUACAGCUACGCAAAUUGAAGGAGUUGUUGGAUACCUGUUGUUUCAGAGAAGCCGCAGUGAUGAUGAAAAAGCAUCGUAUUGAUAUGAAUUUGUUUUACGAUCACAAUCCCGAGCAUUUCAUGGGACACAUCGGGCAGUUUGUCGAUGAUUUAAAUUGUGCUGAGUUGCUGAAUCUGUUUAUAACAAGCUUGAAUGAUAAGGAUGUCACGAUGGGCAUGUACAGCGAUAGUUACAACCAGUGCCGGCAACAGACUGUCCAGAGCAGAGCAACGAAGGUCCUCCAGCCAAAUAAGUUAUUUGUCCAGCUUGUGUGUACUGCCGUCCGGGAGCAUAUCUUGUCUCGUGACGAAUCUACUGUUCGCGAACUGUAUACCACCGUGAUAUCUACUUAUUUGAAAGAAAAUCCGCCUCAGAUCUCGAAAGCGUUGCUGGAGUUACGCAAAAAAUCCUUAAAAUUUCAUAAUGGGAUAGAACUGGAGAAGAAGUGGACUGCAUUUGUAUCGAUGCUUGCUCCGGCCGCAGAUCUUUUCCGAGUGGCACUUCAGACUUACGAUUUAAAUUUGGCUCUUGCUGUCGCACAAAAUCUUCAGAUGGUAACAUUUUUCGCUUUAUGCACCACUUCACACGCAUGGCACAUUGGGAAGUGGCAGUGUUGUCUUUUUUAA